AUGAUUCUACGUGAAUGUUCAUAUAAUCAAUGGAAAGGAGAUUCAACAUUUGAUAGAGUAUAUUACACUUAUUGGAUAAAGCAAAAUGUAGUAAUAAAUGAUCGCGACGCUGAAAUCGAAUUUGGUCAAUCUGAAGAAGGAAAUCAAAAAGUUCAAGCAGUAACAUUUCACAAUGGUUUAAUUAAAUACAUUCCACAAGCAAUUGGCAAAGAAUUUCAAAAUCUAGCUGCACUAGAAAUAGCUGAAUGUGGUUUAACUGAAAUCAACAAAGAUGAUUUAAAGCCGAUGCCGAACUUAAAAGAUUUGUGGUUGUGGGAAAAUAAGUUAAAGUCGCUUCCUCAAGACCUGUUUACUUAUACAACUCGAUUGGAAAUCAUUUCCUUCAAACAUAACGAUAUUGUACUCAUCGGAAAACAUUUAUUGAAGCCAUUGGAUAAAUUAAUUUUCGCAGAUUUUAGAGGUAACGUGAACAUUGAUCGAAAAUAUGAAAUCGAAUCAAAUGGAACUUUGGAGCUUUUGAAACAAGAUAUAGAAAAUGUGUGUCAACCAGAAACAAUGGAAUACUCCGCAGUGUCAUCUUAUGUCAGAGAAUUAUGGGAAAGCAAACGUUUUUCUGAUUUCACAAUUAAAGUUGGAAACAAAUCAUUCAAAGUUCAUAAGAAUAUCUUGGGAGUCAACAGUUGUGUAUUUAGCGCAAUGUUUGCUCAUGAGAAUGUAAAUGAGAAUAUUACAAAUGAAAUGGAAGUGAAUGAUUUAUCUCCAGAAACAUUUGAAGAGUUUCUUGACUUCAUUUAUAAUCGAAACAUUCCGGAACGAGCUACUAACGCAAUGGAUCUUUAUGCAGCUGCCGUUAAAUAUCAAGUUGAAGAUUUGAAGAAAAUAUCUGAAGAGUUUGUUCUUGACAUGCUUGAUGAAAAGAAUUCUUGGUCAGUGUUGAUGCUCGCAAAUCUUUACGAUAAUGAAUUUAUGAAAGUUCUCGCAUUCAAAGAAGUCUGCAAACUUUUCCCCGAUCAUCAAAUCUCCGAUUCCUUAAUAAGUCACCCAGAAAAAGUCAAAUUGCUCAUUGAUGCGAAGAAUAAAAUGGAAUGGAAAAUUGCCGCCGUCAGAUUAGAAAUGAAAAAGCUUUUGAAUGAAAUAAAUUCUGAUAAUUAA